AUGAAUAAAUUCAUUUUAUUAUUAUCAUUAGUCACAUUAUCAUGUGUACUUGCAGUUCCACAACUCCCAGCUGCUCAACAAUAUUAUAUGAAAGGUUCAUUCAAUAUUCCAUAUUUCAAUAUUGUUGAACCAAUUGAAUUAAUUUAUGAUUCAGUUAAUAAUCGUCAAUAUAUUAGUGUUUACAAUGGUAUGGAUAUUACCAUCAACUUUUACAAUCAAGAUAAUACAUACAAUGUAGGUCCAGUUAAAUAUGAUAUGGUUUGUACCACUACCCCAGGUAAUGGUUCAUUAGUUAAUGUUUUACCAACUGAACCUUCAUCAUGGGUUUACAAUGGUACAUCAACUGUUAACGGUGUCCAAGUCUUUGGUUACAGUCAAAAGAUCACUCAAUAUGGUCGUACUGGUUUCUACAACUUUUACGUUGAUGCCAACGGUGUUCCAGUUCAAUUCUAUAUGGAUGGUGUCGAUUAUGUAUUUGGUAGUCACCCAGAUGUUUACGUAUUAAACUUUGAUAUCUACACCACCGAUAUCAGCUCAUACGAAUCAUACUUUGAUAUUCCAGUUCUCUGUAAUAACGCAAAGGAAGCCCCAGCUAAAGAAAACCAAUUCGAUGGUCUUUUCUCAUCAAUCGGUGAUAACUUAUUAGCCAAAGAAGAACAAGCCUCAAACUUAUUCAAAGAAUACAAAGCUCAAUACAACAAGGAAUACUCAAGCCAAGACGAACAUGAUGAACGUUUCAUUAACUUUAAAGCUGCCCGUAAAAUCAUUGCCACCCACAAUGCCAAAGAAUCCUCAUACAAAUUAGGUAUGAAUCACUAUGCCGAUUUAAGCAACAAAGAAUUCAACACCUUAGUUAAACCAAAGGUUGCCCGUCCAUCCGUCACUGGUGCUGACUCUGUCCACGACGACGAAUCACUCAGAUCAAUUCCAUCAACUGUCGAUUGGAGAAAUCAAAACUGUGUUACCCCAGUCAAAGAUCAAGGUAUUUGCGGUUCAUGUUGGACUUUUGGUUCAACUGGUUCAUUAGAAGGUACCAACUGUGUCACCAACGGUGAAUUAGUCUCCCUCUCUGAACAACAAUUAGUUGAUUGUGCUAUCCUUACCGGUAGUCAAGGUUGUGGUGGUGGUUUUGCAUCAUCUGCAUUCCAAUACGUCAUGGAAAUUGGUAGUCUCGCCACCGAGUCCAACUAUCCAUACUUAAUGCAAAAUGGUCUCUGCAGAGAUAGAACUGUCACUCCAUCAGGUGUUUCAAUCACUGGUUACGUCAAUGUUACCUCUGGUAGUGAAUCUGCCCUUCAAAACGCUAUCGCCACCACUGGUCCAGUCGCCAUCGCCAUCGAUGCCUCUGUUGAUGAUUUCCGUUACUACAUGUCUGGUGUUUACAAUAAUCCAGCCUGUAAAAAUGGUUUAGAUGAUUUGGAUCACGAAGUUUUAGCUAUUGGUUAUGGUACUUAUCAAGGUCAAGAUUAUUUCUUAGUUAAAAACUCUUGGUCAACUAACUGGGGUAUGGAUGGUUAUGUUUACAUGGCUAGAAAUGAUAACAAUUUAUGUGGUGUUUCAAGUCAAGCCACCUAUCCAAUUCCAACAAAGAAUUAA